CACAUUUGUGUUCCGUGGCCAAGCAACAGUAAGCCUCGCGACCCUCACAGUGGCACGGGGGUUCCUGGCGCUCUAAACACUGGAAGUUUACACACUCUGCAGCGGAAAUUUGUGGUGUGCAACGUGUCACCUUCGGUGAGAUACCACGGCGUACAUCCUGACGAUGACGUGGACAUUAGCGAUGUAAAGUGAUGAUCAAGUGUAGAUCAUCAGUUGACAACAUUGCCACAACCUAGAGUGUAGGUAUGGAGCGGAUUGUGGCGUUGGUGGUGAUGGCGGCGAACUGCUGGGCGCUAAGUCCUAGCAAAACUCGUCAGGUUACAGCUAUGGGAUCGUAUUACACGCACACAUCCGGGAAUGGUUCUGAGCCAGAUGUGACACACGCUUCCUGGGAAGAUCUUGAUCUAGGGACUUGUGGGUGCAGGCGUCCAGACGCCUGCGACCGCCAUGUCCAUGUGACUCUCGCGGUUCUCCAGUCUGCUGCAGACUGCCCCUCAGGAAUGAGAUAUUGCUGCAGUGCCCAGGAAAUAGAUCGGACAUUAACUGCGAAUAAACCCAGGGAGGGUUAUAAUGGAACUGAAAGAAUGCUACUCGAGAGAGAUGCACAGGAAAAUAAGCUUGUGAUAGAUUCCAGGAACAAGGUAAAUAAUAAAACAAAAUGGAUGGAGGCAAACACUAAGUACAGAAAUAGAGAAAAGGAUUAUGCAGGGGGAGGUAGUGUUCAUGAGGGUCAUGUGCAGCUUGUGACUCCCAAAGAUCUUUCAUCACCCAAGAGACAAAACCGAGAAACUCACGAUACUGUACAUGCAACCAGCGCUAUGGAAAAUGUUUACAAAGAAAUGCCAAAUGUUUCUCCGGAUCUUGUUGGAAGUAAUGACACUCACAAGAACUUAAAAGAUGAUAAUUACACUUUGGUCACAAAGUAUAAAUUGGCAACAACUGAGAGCAGUGCACAGCCUUUCAUAACUACAGAUUCUGGAAGUUUAAUCACUGCAACAGAAGGUUCAACAGCUGCUGUUAAACAUACUAAUGAAAGUGAAGAAGCCAGUAUUAAGACUAAGGAAAAAUCUCCAGCAUCUUGGCCUCUUCCUGGGCCAAUGUCUGUGUUUCUUCUUGAUGCGAGUGAUAUUGUUGGCCAGGUGGAUAUGAAAUAA